CAACUUCUCAACCCCUUUCGCCCAUAUAAACCUGCAAAAAUGAAGCCAAUCAAAGUAGUUAUCGCCAUUGCCAUUACAGUGGUGAUAAGCACCGCACUCACGAUGAACAGCAUCAACGACGACAACGUGGACAUAUCCGAACAGAAACCACCGACAACAGCAACGGCAACGGCGGCAAGAAGAGCGAGCCGUUUCCUGGCGGAGCAGAAGAACCCGAGAGCGGCGGACCACUGCAAGAACGACGACGAGAUCUGCUAUGUGGUGGAAGGGAACAACUCCACGUGCUGCAACAACAAGUGCAUGGACUUGGGCUACGAUAGACACAACUGCGGUGCAUGCAAGAAGAAAUGCAAGUUCACGCAUUCGUGUUGCAGAGGGGAGUGCGUGAACCUGGCGUAUGAUAAGCGCCACUGCGGGGAAUGCAACAAUCGCUGCAUGCCUGGAGGUUUCUGUAUAUACGGCCUCUGCAAUUAUGCCUAACAACUUAUAUAUGUUUCUUUUGGUCGUGUAUACACUUACAAAUGUCUUAGUUUUGAUUGGUGGUUAUUUUACAAAACUUUGUGGUGACUGAAUUAAUAUAUUAAUAAAGAUGAUGAGAUUCAUAAUUUAUAUAUGUAACUAUGGCGUAUUAUAUUUUUACUAGUUAAUGGUAAUUAAUGUAUG